AUGCCGGCGCCUUCGCGGUCGCCGCGGGUGGUGUACUCGGCCUCUCCCGCCGAUCGAGAGGCCGCAGAGACCAGCCUGCAGUUUGGCCCCGUAGGCUCGAGUGCAGUGAAGACCCGAACCCCCGCCGCGAUGCGCGGUGGACGCCGAGUGGUUCGGCUGUUGCCCACCCUUCCUUUUUCGCGUCCCGUAUGUGCGCCGGCGGAUCCGUGGUCGCCAGGCAUUUCGCCGCGUUGGUCGAGUUCGUCGUUCACGUCUAUAGCAGCCCCGCCGGAGGGCGCAAGACCCGACGAACCGCGCUCCAGCAGACCGGGCCGGAGCGGCUCCAGGGCGCGUCCCGCCGUCGCGGCGCCCGCUCAGCCUGUGCAUGCGGGCGCGCCGCUUCCUCCACCGGGGCAGCCCCAGGACAGGCCUUCGAGUCCCGGCUCUUGGCACGCCUCGCCGGUCGCGGAUUUUUCACCGCUGAACACGCCUCUGGCGGAGUCGCGCGCCUCGUCCACGCCUGGGGAGACCCGCCCGAGCCCCGACGGCUCGCGGCAGUUUCAGUACCAGCCAGUGCAGGCGAAUGCGCCCGAUCCGUUUGCGCGCGUUCGCCGCUCCAACUCGAGUUUGUCCUCUCUCGAAGACGGCCGGAGUGUGGGCAGUGCUUUGACGCGGAAAUCGGACAAAACAACUGCGACGGUCCACGACCCGCCGGCCGACGACGACGGGUUCCACAGGAUCUUCUCCAGUGAAGGUCCGCCCAGCACGUCGAACGGCAGCAACACUUCCUCCCGACGCGACACAGGCGCCGCGGGAUCCGGAGACGCAGUGUCAGCUUCGGCGCGGAGACGGGAAGACCCGACGACUGGACCGAUCGGACAGGUGGCAAGUGACGGGGAGGCCGGCGCCGCGGAGAGGGCUGGCUCCUCGUUGCUCGGGAGGUUGCCGGGGACGUCCGAGAAGGGUGAUGGAAACCGGUCCUCUUCUCUGCCUUCUCGGCGACUGAGAAGCGGCGAGCGGGCCGGAGGGCGCGAGGGAAGUCCACGAGACAGACACGACGCGCCGGUCGAGUCGUUUCUCGGCGGCGCCCCUGCGGCACAUCCGGCCAAGAAGAGGCGCGAGGGUGGGGGGACAGAGGAGACGCUUCCGGGGGGCGAGAACCUGUUGACGGACGGAGAUGACUCUUCCUCGCCCAGUGCGGCGCCGUCGGAUAAGCAGGCGAAAGCAGGCGACAACGGCGGGUUCAGGAGCUACGGAUGGCUUCCGACGUACUUCCGGAAGAGCCGGAAGCGGCGUCUCGUCCUACUCUUGCUCGUCCUCCUUUUGCUUCUCCUGGCGAUUGGGCUGCCCGUGCUGUUUUGCCUGGUCGCGCCCCGGAUCGUGGCGGAGCAAGUCAGGGCGUCGAAGGUUCGCGUUCUCUCGACGAGCAUCGAGAACCCCGAUCCGUCUGGAUUCCUCGCGACGAUCGUUUUUGAGUUUCUCUCCUCGAGUCCAGUCACAGCGCACGUCGACGACUUGCCUCUCGACAUCUCCUGGCGAGACCAGCCCGUGGGCCGGAUGACGGUUCCGCGCUUCACCUUGGAGCCUUCGACGCGACACGUCGCCUUCUCGGCGGACUUCCGCGUCACCGACCUCGCCAACUGGAACGCGUUUGUCAUGGCCAUGCUCCGCGAGGGGAAGAGCGAGUGGCGGAUUGCAGGCAGCGCGGAGAUCCACGCGCUUGGGCUGACUUUCCGGAACAUCCCCUUCGACAAAACCGUCGCGAUCGACGGCCCGCCGCUCCCCGUCGCGGCUUCUCAGCGGCAGGUCGCCCGCGGGUUCCGAGUCGCGGAGAUGGAUUUGACGAGCAGCGACGCGGAGCGACUCCGCGUGCGCGCGACGGUCGUCUUCGACAACACUAGCACCUCGUCGAUCAACUCUCUGGGGGAGAUCCAGUUCCUCAUGUUCUUCAAGGACACGCCCAUAGGGUUGCUGCGGUCUCGCGGCCCCGUCCUCCUGCGGCGCGGGAUCAACACCUACGUGUUUGACGCGGAACUGCAUCCCGCAGUUCUUCCCAUCGCCCGCGAAAUCGGCCUUCGCCUCGGCGGCAGUCCGGAAACGCAUGCCGCGACGCUCGCCAAGCAGUCUGGCCUCGACGCCGUGGACAGGUUCUACGACACCCGCAGCUCGGAGCACGCCCCGUCUCCGGAGGAGGUUGCGCGCUUCCGGAGCGCCCUGUCCGAGAUGAUGUCGGCGUCUCUCUCGGGGUCUGCCGUCCACGUCAAGACCGUCGGCGUUUUCACCACGCAGCCGCUGUUCGCUGCGGCGGUUCGCGCUCUGGCUGUCGAGACACCUGUCGACAAUCUGUUUGGCGACGAUGGCGGUGCGCCGCGGGGCCGGUCCGUGGAGACCAGCGGCAGAAACGGCUUGGUGAAGGAAAUGCGCUUCGACCACUUCGAUAUCAGCGCGGAGUCCCAAGUCGAGAACCGCGCACGGGUUGCCGCGAAGGUCACCGUCCGAUUCGUGAACCCUCUGGGGCACAACUCGCCCCUCGAGAUCCGGAAGGUGUCUCUGAGUGCGUCGCUGCGCCGAGGCGGUCUCCAGGGGACUCCGAUGGGCGUGAUCAACGGGCUGAUGCGGGCCACUGGCCCCCCCCGGAGGGUGGACCGUCCAGAGAUUCCCUUGAAUCGCGAAGAAGGCUCUUCUUCAGCCGAGACCAGCGACGGCGUCUGGGAAUCCCAGGAGGCUCGGCCGGAAGAAAGGGCGGACGUGGCCGCAGUCGAACGCGAAGAGAAGCUCGUGAACUACCCUGAAGCGGUCCGUGCGGAGGAAGAGGAGCCUGGCGCGCGCACGUUCCUCGCACGCUCCGACACCUACUCGCGGCGGGCUCCGGCGGAGUCGUCUCCGGAUGAGGGCGCCGCCCCACGCGCGCUUUCGGCGUCCCGCGAGAAGCCGGUCCUGGUCAACUCCUCCGUGAUGGACGUUUCCUUCGAGAUGGAGGGUACGAUUGAUCUCGAGGACGACGGCGUGCCGUUUUCAGCUUUUAUUCGGGAAAUGGUGUCGGAGCCUUCGCCGUUCGUCGUCCUCGCCUUCACGGAGUCGGACGUGGAAAUCCAAGCCAUGACGGCGGUCGGGCCGCUCUCCCUGACGAAACUGCCUCUCGACCAGACACUGCAGAUGGCGUCGAUGGGCGACAUGCGGAAUGUGGAAAUCGAGAGUUUCGAGGUUACUGGCGAAGUCCCUGGUGCGUGGCUGAUCUCGACCGUGGUCAUUUUCCCCUCCAAAGCGCCGACCUCGGUGUACCUCGGCGACUUGGGGCUGAACUUGAGUUUCCGCGGAGUCUCGAUCGGCAGCGUGGUUGCGCGGAAUGUCCACAUCGCACAGGGCGCGAACAAGCUAACAUUCACUGGGCGCCUGCAGCCGCCCCACGACGCCACAGAGACGCUUUCGGAGUUUUUCUCCAGCGCCAUCUCGUCCCCAGCGCGAAACGCCUCGAACGCCGCCGAGUCUUUAGGGCCGAACGACGCGCUGGGGCGAACCACAACGCGGCCAGAAUCCGCAGGAGUCCCCGUGAUGGAGGUUGUGGUCACGGCUACGGCCAGGCGUCUCCUGGACUCUCUCGAGGCAGCCGAGCAGGAGAGAAGGGGCGAAGGAGACGCCGAGGCCGGCUCUGACUCGGGCGCGAACCGGGCGAGAAAGCCACUGAAGUGGGUCCAAGAGGGCCUCGAGGGAGUCACCAUGGAAGUCCCCGUUCCCCAGGUCGGCACAACGGCCGAUCUCGUCCGGUCCGUUAACCUAGCUGGUUUGCGCAUGUCCCUCGACGCCGAGGAGGGGUCGCGCAGCCUCGACGAGGCCGUUCCGAUGCGCGGCUACAUCGAACUGUUCCUGAACAACCCGCUGGGGCGACACCUGCCUCUCAGGUUGUCUGCCGUCUCCCUGAGCGUCGCGCUCGUCGUCGCGCUCCCGAGCGAGGCGAGUUGGGUUCCCACGCCGAGCGGGCUCUACCGGCCGGUUGUCGCCGCAGGAGGGGCUGGCCGGCAAGGCGAGGAGGCGGAGACUGUGGGGAGCGAGAGUCCGUCAAGCGGCAGGGUCGCCACGUCGAACGCGCCGCACAAGACCCGACGCAUGACCGUUGGGCGCCUCUCGACAGAGCUCCGAGACCUCCGAUCCGAAGCGGUCGGGCACUUGUUCUCGGAAGGAGCGGAGGGGCGUCCUUCCCUGUCGGCUUCGCCCUCAGCUUCGGGAGUCGACGCCUCCGUUUUGCGUCUCCUCUUGCCGCUGGAAGUUCCCCUCGAGCUCGCAGGGGAUGGCACGGCCUUUGCGGAGUUUGUCGGCGCGUUUUUGGAGCGCGAGCAAGUUGAGGUGUUUGUCACGGGGCAAGCAGAGUGCACAGUACAGACGGGAUUUGGAGACGUCAAGAUUCGGAACGUCGACCUCGAAUCCGCCAUGCCGCUCGAGGGCCUCAACGGGCUGAAGGGGUCAAAACUGCGCAAAUUCCAAGUCCUCGGCUUCGGGCCCCUACGCCCCUUCCUCUUGGGCGAGACGGAGACAGCGGAGACGGGAGAGACAGCGGAGGCGCCAAGUCGACGCCCAGGCCUCAGAGACGACAUGCGCCUCGAAAGCGAAGAAAAAGGACUCCUUCUCGCCGUCUCUGUGCAAAUGCGAAACCCGUCAGAAGCGACCGUCGACAUGGGAAGCAUUGAACUCGAAAUCCUCCACCUCGGGACCGCGGUGGGUCGCAUGCGCGGAACGCACAUCUCACUCGUCCCCGGAGAGAACUUCCUCGAUCUCGUUGGGGGCAUCAUUCUGAAUCGCGAGACAGAACGCGCAGUCUCGUCGUUGGUCUCUCGCGCCCUGUUGAAUCGGGAUUUGGAACUGUCGGUGGCUGUUGCGGAUUCGACGAGGAACGCGCCGCACUCGCGGGUUCCCAGGUGGUUCGUGCGGGCGAUGCGAGGCGCGAAGAUUCUGCCGGUGAUUCCACCCUUGGCCGAGUUGCUGCCGGGAAUGGACGGUCGUACGCUCCUCCAGGACAUCUCCUUCGACGCACUGACUGUCUCUGCCGCGCCUUCCCAUCCCGACUUUGCCUCUCCGUCGCUGCGUUUCCACGCAUCCACGACGGUUCUCGCCACAAAUCCCCUCGGCCAGUCCGUCCCGGUCCUCAUCCAGGCUGUCUCCCUCUCCGCAACAGUCCUCGAUCUCCAAGGCCGCCCAAUCGGCCAUUUGGAGCUUCCGGAGACGCCCGCGACCAGCGCGCCCCACGCGGCUCCAGGAUCCGCGUCGCUGGACGUCUUUGUGAAGUUCGAAGACGCGCGGCUCUUUCUCGAGCGUGACGGCGUCGAACUCGGCCGCACCAUCCAGGAGUACCUCCGCAACCCCUCGGAAGCUCUGGGUCUGCUUUUCAACGGCCACGCCACAGUCAGCGUACUCGUCGGCGAUGCAGCGACGCUCGAGAUCCGUGGCGUGCAAAUCGAAAAAGAAGUCUUCCUCGGAAACCGCGCGCAGACCGGCGAAGAAAAAGAUGCGGCGCGUCCUUCCUCGGCGGUUCACGAAGACCUCGGCGUCUUUGCGCCUCGCCUCGAGUCGUUUUCCUUCGAGGGUGUCCACCCCGAAGGCGGCGCGCGGCUGUUUGCAGUUGCCUCCAUGCAGAACCCCGCGUCGGUGCGGCUGCUGCUCCCGCGGCUCUUCUUCAACAUUUCUUUCAACGACUCUCUCCUCGGCCAGGCGUGGAUUGCCGACGACGUCGUGACCGUCGAGCCGUUCCCGCUUCGCACGUCGCUCCACGUCCGCGGCCGGCUGUACAGACAGACGACUGCUCACGGGCUGAAGGCCCUGAACGAUCUAGUCAAGGCCGUGGUCAGUCAGGUGACCAUCGGGGACGACAGCGAGGCAGAUCCGGGCCAAGACGCCUCCACGCUGGCUCCGAAGAAGGACGAAGACAGCGCCGGCGCCCCAUCUGCGCGCGUGAAGAUCCACGUCAACACGGGCGACGGUCGGGGCCUCGUCUCGUCCCCGUCUUUUUUCUCGAGCUCGGAGACGCUUCCCACGUGGAUCGCCGUGGGGCUGGACGGCUUGGAGCUGGAGGCGCCGGUAGAUGGUCGGCAGCUGCUGCCGGUCGACAUGCUGAGGCGUCUCGUUUUGAAGGAGAUCCUCGUCCGCGUGCAGCCGGGACUCGCCGCCCCGCUGUUGCUCGAUUCCUUCCUCCAUCUGCGGCUCCAGAACCCGUUCGGCACCGACGCGUUGCUCGAGGUCGAAGACCUCUCGAUUCGCGCGGACUUGCGAGACGCGCGCAGCAACCGCGUCUUUGGCCGACUAACGUCGUCCGCGGAGUCGCGGGGGGACUCUCCGGAGACGCAUGCGCGCGAUAUGGCGGAGGCGAGCGCGCCGGCGUCACCGAGCUCCGCGGCAAGGCACGUGUGUGUGCCCGAGACGCAAAGUGUCUCUUCGCUCCAAGCCAGCGAGGGGACGCCGACGGCAGCCUCGGCCAGUUCAGAGACAGGCGGCGUAUGCACGCUGGAACUGCCCUUCGCGGGAGCCCUGGCGAUCACCGACGCCGCGGCCUUUGCAGACUUUGCGACCGCCAAGGAGACACCGGAGACGCCGUUGUCGGCUUCGGCCGUGAUUCGCGUGGAAGGCGACGCAGGCGUGACUGUGCAUACGCCGCUGGGACGCCUCGUGGUGGACGCCAUGGCGCUCCGCCAGAAUGUCCCGUUCUCGGGCAUGCGCCCCGUGCUCGACAGCCUGACCGCUGGGGUCCUCAUGCAGGCCUUCCAAGUGAAGCAGGUGAUUUUGGACGGCGCCGACGGCCUGGACAGAAUCGUCUUCUCUGCGCGCGUGCUUCUGGGGGCGCAGCCGCAUGCCGCGCCUGCCGCGCGUGGGGACGCGUCCCGAGAGUCGACCGAUUCGGAAGCACUGGAAGUGCAUGCAGGGGAUUUGAAGUUGAAUUUGAUUUCCCAGGGCCAGGUGAUUGGGACGGUGGCGACGAAGGACGCAGUGAUUGGCGGGCUGGGCGGGGCGGGAAAGCGCCAGGAGAUCACGGUGGAAGGCGAGCUGUUUGAAGCCUCGAAGGUCCGCGGGACGCCGGAUUCGCGGCUCCUGAGUCUCAUGCAAAGUGCAGUUGGCGAGGCCAACGUCGAUCUGCUGAUUCAGAGCCACCGGGGCGAGCAGACGGCAGCCCGCCCCGCCUGGCUCCUCGACACCAUCGACCGCAUGCAGCUGCGGCCUGCUCUCUCGGGCCUCGACUCUGUCUUGCGACUCGUGGAAGGCAUGCGGCUCAGGUCCCUGUCGAUCGCCAUCUUGGACUCCACGCGUCUCGCCACCGACGCCAUCGUCUCGGUGGACACACGCAGCCCCCUGGGUCCGGACGUCGAGCUCCGCAUCGACGAGGUCGCCGCGGAGAUCCGCCUCUUCUCGCCUCUUUCGAACUGGAAGGACGCAUCUGUCGAAUCUCCCCACGCAGCCAGCGAGGCGCGCGGCCGGCCUCUCGCCGCGCCGGGGCCGAUGGCCACGCUGCGUCUCGCGUCUCGCGUGCCGGUGUCGCAGGUCCAGGAAGGCGACUUGCUGCGUGUGGAGCUCCUCCUGAACCACGUCAAGUUCGGAGACACUCUGGAGCUCGCCGGCGACGGCGCGCUGUUUGCGGAGUUCGUGGCGGGUCUGGUGAACGGCGAAGUCGCGGCGAUGCCCUACGAGGCCACAGUGCACGCGAGCGUCUCGACGGCGUUCGGAAACUUCGGCAUUUCGGGGUUCAAAGUCCGCGCCGCCGUUGACUCGCGCCAGCUGGCGGGCGCUGCGCAGAGGGCCGAAACCGCAGAGGCCGGCAGGGAGCCCGAGCAUUCGGCGGACGGGGGAGACGCAAACCGGACGGGGGACGGCGCAGGAGCGACGCCCAGAGGGCUUUUGGAAGACUUCACGUUUGACUUGCUGGAUGUGAAGUUCCGCGGAAAAGGGGAGUUGCCGACGCUGGACUCGGGCGCGGCAUUUGACGCGACGAUGGCGCUUCGCCUCCCUCUCGACUUGUCUCUGUCCCUCGGCUCGCUCGCCUUCCGCGUCGAGGUACCCCGGACGCCAAACUUUGAGAAGCCGGAAAAGGCCGGGCGCGCUUCGGCGCCCGUCGAGUCUGCGUAUCUCGGCACGCUGAGCAUCCCGAAUCUGACCAUUCGUCCAGGGACUUCGACGAUUGCGGUGUCCGGACACCUGGACCCGAGGCCCACGGACCUCGAGGUCGUCUCCGAGUUCCUCUCCCGCGCCGUCCGAGGCCUCUCGCCCUACGUGCUCGUUCUGGGCGAAGGCGUGGAGCUGUCGGGCGCGGAGACUCCCCUCUGGCUCGUGGAGACAGCUCGGGCGAUGCGGAUCUGGGCCCCGAUGCCCGCCUCCGGCUUGGACAAAUUCGUCGCGGGUUCGUUCGUCAACAUCGCCCUGCGGAACGUGGGCAUCUCGGCGAUUGCGCCGGCGGUUCAGGGCCGCGACGACGCGGUCGCGCUGAGUGCCGACGUGCGCGCGAAGAUUCUGAGCCCGUUCGGCGAAGGUUCGCGCCUCGUGGUGAAGGCCGUGGACCUCCAGGUCGACCUGAAAAGGAGGCGCGAGGACGGCGAGACAUUUCGGCGGGGAGCGGAGAACGCAGAAAGGGAACGUUUACAAGACGGAACCGAAGCAGGCACCGGCGACGCCGCGACGGGAACUGAGCCGGAAGGACGGGAACCUUCGACCGACGUUUCGAACCCAGUGCGGCGUCUCCAAGACAGUUCGGACGAAACCGUGGCUUCGCCUAGCACGCGCCCUUCGCUGGUCGCACGCGAGGCUUCGGCCCAGGCCCUCGAGACGGUCGGCCGGCUGCGUUUGCGGGAUAUGCCGCUGCAGCAGGUCGGGGAUGAAGUUCACAUCCACUUGGAGGAUGUGGUGCUUGAGUUUGAAGACCGCGGCGAUGCGUUCGCGGCUCUCGCGCUGAGUCUGAUGGAGUCUGCGUCGGCGCUCACGGUGUACGUACGCGGCGCGGCGACUGUGGCGGUCGACACCGACUUGGGUUUCCUGACUCUGCGCGAAGUGCCGCUCGCCCUCGAGGUCCCAAUGGACGGUUUGGAGAUCUUUGGAGGGAGGACGCUGGAGCACCUCUCCGAAGGCGCGUUGGAAAACUUGAGAGUGACGGAUUUCGAGGACGAGAACGUCCCGGGGUUCCACUUGUCCACGCGGCUGGUCAUGGAGAACAACCACGACGUCUCCGUCGAUCUCGGCCCCAUGGCGUUCGACUUGACGUACGAGGGUACCGUCAUCGGCGCGGUCGUUCUGCCGCACUUCGCCAUGUUACCGGGCCGCAACGAAGUCCGCCUCGAGGGCGCAGUCAAACCCGAGGGCCUUGACGCCUUCAGCGAACUCGCGACGGCCUUCUUCCUCGAAAGCCAGUACACGAUUGGCGUGCGGGGCGCUCCGACGAAGCGCCUGUUCUCGGCGUCGGCGGGCGAGGCGAGCGAAGCGGCUCGGCUCGCGAUCGCCCGUGCCGGCGUCCAGGGUCGCGCCCCCCGGUGGCUGCGGGAAGUUCUCGCGAACGUGGAUUUCUCAGUGCCCAUAUCGAGUUUGCGGUCUGCGGGUCAGUCCGAGGCGCGCGGCCGCAGUGCGGAAGAAGCCGUGACGGAGAUGGUGAAGAAAGUCGAACUCGUCAACAUCGACGUGGACUUUAGCGGGCCUCGAGACCCGUUUAUCUCCGGCGAGGUCCAGGUCUUGUACGCGCUCCCGGACAAGUUCAACAUCCGCCACCAAAUCGAGACGGUGUGGAGCAAAAUGACAAUUUUUCACCACCACGGGGACGGUGACCCUACGCCUCUUGGCUCGAUGGACUUGGUGGACCUCGCCCCUGCGGCUCUGCCGGCGGCGCGCCCUGCGUCGCUCGCCGAACCGGAGGCCUCCGCACUCGUUGCGCGCGCUGACGCGGUCGUGCCGGCGUGGGAGACAGAGGAAGAGAAGGAGCGCGGAGACCCAGUCGAGCUCCGGUUCUUCGUCGACAUGCUGCGCCUGAGUGUGCGCGAAGGCGCCGAAACAGCCAUGGCCGACAUGCUCGCAGAGAUCGUGAACAAGUCGGGCGACCUUCACAUCCUCCUGAAGGGCCAUGCGCGCCUCCGAAUCAAAACUGCCGUCGGACCCCUCCUCAUCGGCGACGUCCCCAUCAACCUCAAAAAGAGCUUGAAAUGCAUCGGCGGCCUCGAUCCGGAGACGGUGAAGAAUGCGUUUCAGAUGGAGGAUUUUGGGAUCCAGGCCGGGAAGGCGCACGGGUUGUUGGCGUCCGCGAAUUUGCGGCUGAUGAUGCCGAAGGCGGUCGAGAACUUCACGGUGCGUCUCGGGAAGGUGACCCUCGACAUGUUUACGCCGAUUUCCCAGGCGAAGCAGGAGCAGCUCGGAGACUUCAAAACCCUCUCGCCGCCCGCCCUCAAACUCGUGCAGCCCCACCCGCAGUUCGGCUAUGUGAUCCAGGCAGGCAUGGUCCAAGUCGCCGACAUGUCGGUGCCGUCUUCGCGGCCGCCGCGCCCCGGAAGCCUGACGCCCGGCGCAGAGAGCGCAGUGAGCGAGGGCGACGUCGACGGGGGAAAGCACGCCGCGAGCGACGGCUGGCUGAUAGGAAAGGCCGUCUUGCUCCGGCCCGUGGUCGACGUGGCCGGCGAGGAAAUUGCGAUCGGGACUCGCGACAUCAUGAGCAACUACAUGAACGGCCGAACCAGCAAACUGGUGAUUCGCGGCUCUGCUGACAGCUCGACAAACCCCGUUCUCGCCAACUUCUUCGCCAAGAUGGAAGUCGUCGUCGAUCUCCCGGGCACGACUCAGCAACUCAUCAAAGGCAUCCAAAUCUCGUUCCGAAAUGGAAGUGAUAAGGUGAAUGCAGUCUCCUCGUUCCUCGAAAACAUCAACGACCCGCAAAUCCUUCUCCAAGCCCUCCCGGACUUCACUGGCUCUUCUCGCCUUCGCGGUCUCCCUUCCCUUAACUUCUUCGUCCCCGUCAUCGAGGCCGUUUCCAUCUAUGAGAACCCCGUCAGGGUGCCGAUCAAACUGUUCUACGCCGACAUGGAGACUUUCUAUGAGGGGCAAUCUUUGGGAGGCAUGGUCAUCGACAAGAACGACAAACCAGACGUCAUUCCUCCGAUGCAGGUGUCGCAUUCAACUCCAGUGCGCAUCGUCCCCAAGCUGCAAAACACCAGCGCAGCCCUCGCCAUCGUCCGAAACAUCAUCUCGGGCAGUCGCCGAAACGUGGCAAUCGACGCCAAAGGCGAAGUUCGCAUCGGCAUUCAAGAUUUCCGCAUUGGGCUCGAUGUGGACAUGGAAGGCAUCCAAGUCGCCUUCUAG